AUGGCUUUGGUAAUGUUACCUUGUGAUUUACCCUGGUGGUCUUCCAUUCAGCGGCAUCUCACUCAGGCAGCUAAAUCAGCAGAUGCAGAUGAAUUGAUAGAUUCUAUGGUGAAGAUACAUAAUAUGUGCAAUGUAGGGUUAGAGCCUGAUGAAGCUGAAACAUCGGUGGAUGAUGUAUUUUCUGGUUUAAAACAUUUUUUAAAUAACGAUUUAUCAGAUGAUGAAAGGUCAGGUUUCUUUAACUUCACUCUACCAUGUAUAGCACAACGAGCGCUAGAUCUUAAAAGAUUCAGGCCACCAUCUGGAUUAAAAUUUAGUUUACAACAAAUAUGUGAUAAAGAAGAAUUUGACAGGAACUUUGUUGCAUCGUUGUUAGCUCAUGGAUUUUUCUCUACAUUUUCUAAAAGAACUGAUAAAACUCACCCUACCCUUCAAGACUUUAAUUUUACCAAUUUUUUUCGAUAUCUUUCUUUGAAACAUCAGAAAUGCAAAUUACUAAGCCUGUUUCACUAUUUCAACUUUUUAGAGCGAUCAAAUAUUGAAAGAAAAAUCACCUUUUCUAGGCAGGUCAUGAAUAGUUCUCAGUGGCUAACAUUAGAUGACUGGUUGAACUGCAAAUUACCACUUUGUCCAUUGCUAAUUAAAAGGCAAGGUGAUAUUAAUAGUAUUGGAAUGGAUCAUAUAAUAGUUUGUUCAACAAGAAACAAAAUUGGAAGUUCUGUUUUAUCAGAUGGUAACUCAGUGGAAUCUAUUCAAUUAAUGACUUGUCCAGAGAUGCUUAUGAUGCUGUUGUACGUUGAAUCUUUGGAAGAUAAUGAAAUUUUUAUUGCUGAAGGAGUUUUACAAGUUACUAAAUUAACUAAUCCUAAAGGGGAUUCUUCUGUUGAAAGAAUUUCUCAACCUCAGCUGUUGACAUUCUGUUGUUUGGACCCAGAUGACUAUAGGGAAGUACCAUUGCUCCAGUAUCAGCAAGAUAGCAUUCUCCGUGAAUUAAAUAAAACUCUUCUUGGAUUUAGACAAAAGUGUCCUUCUAAUGGAAUCCUUCCUAAAAGGCUGUCUCCAAUUGGUGAAUCAUUUAGUUCGACACCUGAAAAAGAAUCUAAAAAAAAAAGUUCUAAACACUCUGAGGAUCACAUGUCUGCUGACCAAAAAUUUAUAGUAUUAGGAUCAUCAGGCGAAUGCUUGCCGGUUAUGAGGAAUCAUAAAAGUUAUUCUAGCUGUCAUUCUGCAUCAUCAGACACUGAAUUUCAUUCUGCUAGAACUAGUUUCACUGAUGAAGAACCCGAAGAAGAUACAGUUUUUCGAAAAUAUAGCUGUCAAUUAGAUAGAGAUGAUCAAAGGAUAAUAUUUGCUGAACGUUUAAAAGAAGCAAUGGAUCAGCCAGAAAUUGCUGAAUCUGAAGCAGAUUCAGAAGAUUUAAGGUUAUUGGGUCGUGAUGGUUCAUGUGGAUUUGUGUUAGAUGAACAAUCUGAGAGGAAUUUUGAUAUUAGCUGCCAUCCUCCAAUGAAACAUGAAACUUCUGCCUCUUCAAAAUAUAGUUUUACCACUGAUUAUAGCUCAGAGUUGGGAAUAGUUUAUGAACAAUUAAGUGGAUGGCUUGAUGAAGAUGAUUCUCUUUUGUAUGAAUUAGACAGUACAAAGGGAAUGAGAGAGCGUGCAGUUAUACAGUUUGCAGGAAAUCUUUUAAAAAGAACUCUUUCAGAAAGUUUUGUCGGAGUUCCUGUAGGAGAUGGCAUUCAUGUUGAUUUGCUUCCAAACCGAAAUGUAAAAACUGCUGUCAGAAGUCUUAGUUUAGAACUUGCCCGACAUAAGAGCAAAUUAGCUGCACAACUGGUUUCUGUUGUCCUUCAUCAAAAUGAUGGCGUUCUGCCCGUGGCAACAUUCAAUUGUGGUUGUUCUUCUAGAAAAGGCGAAACACAAUUAAAAUUAUUAAUUCAAUGGUUAGCUGCUAGUGCUGCAAUUUUACCUCACGUUAUAUAUUUUACUGCAGCAGAACCAAAUUUGAAUAAGCUUGAUACCGUUUGCAGAGUUCUUCUUGAUCGACAGUGGAAUGUUGGAGAACUUGUUUCAUCUAUAUUGAGGUUUAGUGAAGGAAAGAUACUGGGAUCCUCGAACAAUACAUUAUUUGAGCAUAUCAUUUGUAAUAAUGAUAAGAAAAUCAUUCAUAAAGCGUAA